AUGGAUGGAGUUGGUCACUUUGGAUUGAAUGGUAGUAUCAACACUGCAAAUGGUAGUAGUAAUGCUGUUGGUGGUGGUGCUGGAGGAGGAGCAGGAGGAGGAGGUAUCUAUGUAAAGAGUGACUUUAAAAAGACGACAAAUAUAUUCUCAAAGGUGUAUGAAGACAUACUUUCAACCUACUCUCAAUCAGUUUCAAAUAAUCCUUUAAAGAAAAGAAGACAAUCAACACCACCCAUAAACUUGGCAAGUGAUAAUUAUAACCCAAAUUAUAUAAUAGGAUGUCAAUUAUCAGUUUGGCAUGAUACGGCAGGACCUGUCGUCGAACAGUUAUGGACGACACCUGAAUACAAUCUACCAAGUGAAUUUCAAUCAUUCAUGGCUCGACAAACACUUUGUGGUCUCGAUACUAAAAUCACAUCGGAAGAGAUGAGAUUCAACAUCUAUCCAGAACACUCAAUCAUGUCAUCAUCUAUCAUUUUCAAUGCUAGAUACAAUGACAAGAUCACAAAGUUUGCAUUGUCAUUGUAUAUGGAUCUUUCUAAAUUGUCAAUCUAUCAACAUAUUCAUGAUAUUAUUGCCGAUAGAUUAUCAAUGUUGGCUUCUUUUAUAUUAAGAAAUUAUUGUAAUAAUAUUGCCGAUCAAAUAUCUUUUACCAAAGAAUUGGUUUUAGUUUGUAUUAAUUUAGAACACUUAUAUUCAUCCAAUUAUCCUCAUGUAGAUAUUCUAUCUACCUUUUUAAUGGAUGCUAAACCUCAAGACAAUGAUUUUUUUGUAAAAGUCAUAACUUCACAUCUUCAAACAAAUGGAUCGACAGUUGUAUUUGGUACACAACAAGCUCAAGUACUUAAAUGGUUGGAUACAUUGUCAUUAUUUUUAACGCCAAACGAAAAGGCACUCUCUACUAGAAUAUUAACCAACAAAGAGUACAUUCCCGAUCUUGUGAUACAGGGAUUGAUCGAUGUCUCACUCAAACAAAUCGAAGAGAAUAUUUAUUUAUCACUCAAACCAGUCACAGUGGUUGAUCUCGACAAAAUGGAAAUAUUCCAAACUCACAUUCAAUAUCGUUAUACAAGUUAUCGUGAAGACAUUUUAAAAAAUAUUUUAUUACAAUCUCAAACGAGAUCAGAUGAUAAAAGUUUAAAUAGAUUUAAAGAUCCAUCUAUUUAUAUUCAAAAGAUGGUUACAGAAGUAUAUAGUUUACCAAUGGAAAUGAGAGAAAUUUAUUUAAUUCACUAUAUGAAAUUAUUACUUCGAAAGGCUAGUUUUGUAGUCGCCUAUUCUCAAUCCAAUGAAUGUUUAGGUAUCAAUUUUGCAAAGAAAUUAAAAUCAGAUUUAAAUUUACCAAGCGAAAGUGAUGUCUAUACUCUAUUUGGAGUUGCAGAAAAAUUACAAUUGAAUCUAUUCAUAUCAGCAAUUAAAUUGGAGGAAAUGGAAAGAGCAUUUACAAUGUUUACCGAUGGUUUUUAA